UUCUCUCUGUCCCGCCCAGAGCUUAUUCUUGAGGCUCGGUAUGGAAACCAGCAGAAGCAGCGCCGCAGCCGCACGGCCUUCACAGUGUCGCAGCUGCAGGCUCUGGAGAAAGCCUUCCAGCAGACACAGUACCCCGACGUGAGCAUGAGGGAGAGACUGGCUGUCUGCAUCAACCUGCCGGAGGCUCGCAUUCAGGUGUGGUUCAAGAACAGGAGGGCAAAGCACCGUAAAGGUCAGAGGUGCUCCCCGCUCUCCAGAGACCACAGUGUGGAGGAGGCGCCACACCGUAGCACGGGGGGACAGGAGGAAGAGAGGACCAGAGACAAACAGGACAUUUCCACAUCACACACUGACAGACACAAUCAUCCUCUUCAUCGCUGUCCUUCUCCUCCUCAUGUGGAUAAAAGCAGGGAUAUUUGUCCGCCUCGCACACAUUCAGACUCUGAUGUUUCACGGUGCUCCCUCCGCCUUCACUCCCCUCCACUCUUCCCCUUCAGGGAGUGCUACAGCCAGCCUCCUCACCAGCCCCUUGUAGGAGUGCUGUCCACGGAGCUGGCCCUCCCCCCAGUGUUCUGGCCCAUCUUACAGCACGGCUCUGCCCUCGGGGUCCAUUCGCCCUCUGUUACUAAAAACUGUAGCCUCUCCCUUCAGACUGUGUGCUCUACUAAAGCUCCUCACCCUCACCUGGGGCUGUAAAUGUAGACCUGUUCACCUCCAGCCCGACAUCUCUGCUCCUGCGUGGGGAGAGACACGGUGGAGAAGCACUUACUGCCUUUUAUUGUAAACCUGGCAGAAUAUCAAUUUUAAUUUAGAGUGUUAUUUUAUCUGUUUAAGGGGAAUACAUCUAUACAGUCACAUAUUUCCAAGUCUUAUUUAAGUCUGUUUUUAUUAAAAUCAACAGGUUGGUUGCAACUGAUGCAAAUUUGCAUCAACAAGACUGUUCUUUAAUCAUCACAAGCAGCAUGAACAUCCCAUUUAAAGAUACCAUUGCCACCUUCAGUAUUAUUUAGCUGGUUACACCGGCAGUUAUAAUCCUUUUUAAAGCAUUUCAGAAAAAGUUCCCCAUUGUAAUUAGGCACAGAAACAUACA